UUUCGUCCAAUGUGCUUCAUAUAGUAGUUGUACCUGCAGAUCUCUGUUUUACUCAUACCGACAUGUCAGGCUCACCUGACGACUUCCCACCGGCUAAAAAACAGAAGCUGACAACAGAUGGUGGUGCAAUCUGUGUCGAUGGAGAUGCACAUGAAGUCAUCCUUUCAACUGGAAAUGGACUUCCUACUGAAAGUGAUCAUUGUAUAAAGCAGCCAGUUAUCAGCACUGAAAGUACUGUGGAAUUAAUUAGUGCUACAGCAGAACACGAAAAUACUACUCAAAACUCAACUUUGACGUGCAAAGAGAAGCAAAAUGAUGGCCUACAGCUCAGGACAGAUGAUAUACAAGACCAAUCUAGUAAGAUACACUUGGGUACCAAUGUGUCAGAAUUGGAUGUUGGAAUUACAGAGUUCCUAUGCAAUCAUCCAGGAAUCUCUGCCAUCAUCAAACAAAGGUACUCUGAUUUUAUAGUCCAUGAGGUCUCCUUGACAGGAGAGACCAUUCAUCUUACCUCAACAGAACUUCCUUCUGAAGAACCUGAGGAUAAGGUUACCAAUGAUGAAACAGUAUCAGUCCUUGACAGAGAAGUGCAGGAGCAGUUGACAGAACUGGCUACAUCUGAAGACAAAACACGAUCUGUUGAAAUACCUGCUGGUGAGGAUAAGCAAAUGCGACAGAAUAUCCACAAGGCUGUAAAGACUGCAUUUCCUAUGUUUGAGACACAAACAGAUGUCAGGGAUGGACAGAAAGUUAUUGUCGUCAAUUACAAAAAGUCUGGAGGAAAAGACAGUCGACAGAGCAGUUGUCCAGAGUGGCCUGCAAACAAGAGUAAACUCCCUUACUGCCGCUUUGUGCUGUACAAGGAGAACAAAGACACUAUGGAUGUUAUUAGUCUUAUGGCUAAAUUUCUGAAGGUGAAGGAAGGGCUCUUUCAAUAUGCAGGGACAAAAGACAGACGAGCGAAAACGUCACAGGAAAUCACAGCAUACAAAAUACAUCCAAAAAAGCUUUCUGGUCUAAACAACGUUUUACGAAACAUCAAACUGGGAAAUUUUAGGUAUGUGGACAAACCUCUCAAACUGGGUGAACUUAAAGGAAAUCAUUUUACAAUUGUACUCAGAAAUACAGUGGGUUCAGACGAAGACCUGCAAAGGGGACUGAAUUCUUUAAAAUCCAAGGGUUUCAUAAAUUAUUUUGGCAUGCAGCGUUUUGGUACCACUUCAGUUCCAACUUAUGAGAUUGGUAGGGCCUUGCUGAAGGGCGAAUGGGCAGAUGCCAUAGAUCUUAUCUUGUGUCCACGGACAAGUAACGGAUCAAGUGAGAGGUUCCGCCAUGUAUGGUCACAAACCAAAGACCCACUACAAACCCUGGAGGCUACAGACAGUCGAUGCAGCAUAGAACGAUCACUUCUCAGAGCACUGCAGAAAUCUCCCAAGAAUUUCCAGGGUGCCAUACAGGCAUUGCCGCGGAACACACGCAUGAUGUAUGUGCACAGUUACCAGAGUCUGGUAUGGAACACCAUGGUCUCAAAGCGAAUCCAAACAUAUGGUCUGCAGCCGGUUGAAGGGGAUAUAGUUCUACCUUCACACUCUGGCCAAGAUCUGAGGGAUGAAGAGCCAAAGAAAGUGCAGCCUGUGGUUCUAAAUGAAAGCAAUCUAUCACUGUAUUCUAUCUACGACAUUGUGUUACCUCUCCCAGGACAUGAUAUUGUCUAUCCAGCUAAUGAAGUUAAAACCUGGUAUGAGAUGUAUCUUUCCAAAGAUGGCUUUGAUAUCAACAAUCUGCAAAGAAAAAACAAAGAUUACUCAUUACCUGGGGCAUAUCGGACUAUGGUUGUGAGACCUGCAGACCUGGAGUGGCGGACCUUUCUUUAUGAUGACUACACCAUACCGCUAGCUCUCAGUGACCUUGACAGGCUGGAAAAUAUCUCAGAGCCAAAGUCGUGUCCAGGAGGCAAACUGUGUGCUGUGAGAUUGUCCUUCACCUUGCCCUCUUCCUGCUAUGCCACAAUGGCCUUAAGAGAGGUGUUGAAAACAGACACCUCUCCAUCACACCAGAUCACCCUGAAUGUCACGUGAUGCUUCUGCUAGUGUCUGCUCCUGGCUAAAACAUCAUUAGUGUGUGCACAGAUAUAUGAUUAAAAAGUUUCUGUGAAAGCACCAUACAGAAAGGUGUUUAUGCUCUGGGCUUAUACUGAGCAGGUUCAGGAGUGCAAUGUGGAUAACGUUUGUAUGAUGAAUAUGUAACAAAUGUCAUCUGGCCUUUUAUGUGUCAAUGUUUGGACUAGCAUGUCAAGAUGAAUAUUCAAAACUAGCUUUUAUACCCGCUAGAGACAUCACUGACACACAUACUGUGAUGUAUUAAUCAUGUUUUAAACUUGGUCAAGACCAUUUGCCUGGUGCCUGUGCAGAUCUUUUGAUGACAAGAAACUUGCCUUUAACAAUGUGAAUUUUGUCCAAGAACAAUAAAAUUAUUUUAAUUUGGC